AUGAGCCAUGACGCUACUCCCACCGCAGUCUCCGCUGCACCACCAGACCUCCGCUACAUCCGCUAUGACGGCGCACGCGAAGACGAAUAUGUCGCUGCUAUGCGGCAACUAAUCUCCAAGGACCUCUCUGAGCCGUACAGCAUCUACGUCUACCGGUAUUUCCUCUACCAAUGGGGCGAUCUCUGUUUCAUGGCCAUGGAUGACACACUGCCGGACCCGAUGGUCGGGGUUGUAGUCUCGAAGCUGGAACCACAUCGCGGCGGCCCAUUAAGAGGGUAUAUUGCAAUGUUGGCGGUGCGAGAAGAGCAUCGAGGUCGCGGGAUUGCAACGAAAUUGGUCAGAAUGGCGAUUGAUGCGAUGAUUGCGCGUGAUGCGGACGAGAUCGCGCUCGAGACCGAAAUUACAAAUACGGCCGCCAUUAAAUUGUAUGAGCGACUGGGGUUCCUACGCAGUAAAAGAUUGCAUCGAUACUAUUUGAACGGUAACUCGGCCUAUCGCUUGGUGCUAUACCUCAAGGAGGGCGUGGGGUCCAUGCGGACGGCGUUCGACCCAUACGGGCCCCCUGAUAUGUCUGGUCCAAUUGCUCCUCCGCCGCCAGCUUUGCUUCAUGGAAAUGGCAAUCAAUGA